GCACUAACAGACGGCCAGUAGUAACUAACUAAACUUAAUACUUUUUUUUGUCAGGAAGCCUUGUAACUUUUAAAGAACUUUAAAAUGGCCGAAGAAGUGUUAAUUAUGAGUUCAGGCAAAAUAACAUCGCAUCUUACCUCAUCUCUGCUGGCAGUGGCUUUCCUUACCUCGUUUGGUAGCUCAAUGCUCUAUGGAUACAACUUAGCUGUGGUCAACUCUCCUGCUGGGUACAUUAAAGAGUUCUAUAACCGUACAGUGGUAAGUCGGAAUGGAACUGGACUGAACGAGGAGGCCCUGACGCUCAUGUAUUCCCUCACCGUUUCUGUGUUUGCGAUUGGAGGCUUGAUUGGCUCUUUAAUGGUGGGCACACUGGUCACCAGAUUUGGAAGGAAAGGAACAGUGGUCAACUCCACUGCACUGGUGUUUUUGGCGGCGACACUCAUGGGGUUCAGCAGAAUCUGUAGCUCACCUGAAAUGGUCAUCUUUGGCCGUUUUGUGACAGGAAUACAUUCAGGUAUCUCUCUCAGUGUGGUGCCCAUGUACCUGGGAGAGAUCGCUCCUAAAAACCUGAGAGGCUUCUUGGGGCUCAUGCCCAGCAUUUUCAUUUGCGCUGGGGUUUUCUUAGCUCAAGUUCUGGGCCUGCAUGAACUUUUGGGAAAGGAGGAGCACUGGCCUUUGUUUCUUUCUCUUGUGGUUGUCCCCACCUUUAUCCAGCUGAUGCUCUUACCGUGGUUUCCAGAAAGUCCUCGCUACCUGUUGAUUGAGAAGCAUAAUGUUCACGCUACUAUCACUGCAUUGAAAUGGUACAGAGCCAAAUGCAACAUCCAGGCAGAGAUAGAGGAGAUGCAGGAGGAGCAGCGCUCUCUGUCCUCAGUAGACACCAUAUCUGUUUGGCAGCUGAUAUUGGACCACACUGUUCGCUGGCAGGUCCUGUCUGUGGUGGUCAUCAACAUUGGCAUGCAGCUGUCUGGAAUUGAUGCGAUUUGGUUUUACACCAACGACAUCUUUCAGAAUGCUGGAAUCCCGGCCCCUGAGAUCCAGUACACCACUGUUGGAACUGGAGCUAUAGAGAUUGUUGCAGGCCUCAUAGGGUGUUUCACUAUUGAGCGUCUUGGACGAAGACCUUUGAUAAUUGGAGGUUUUGGUGUCAUGGGAAUGUGUUGUGCUGGGAUAACGUUAUCUCUUAUUCUUCAAACACAUGUUCCUUUCAUGAAAUAUGUGAGUGUGGGCUGUGUGGUUGGGAUUAUUGCUGGAUUCUGCAUUGGGCCUGCGGGAGUUCCGUUCCUGAUCACGGCUGAGCUUUUUAAGCAAUCCCACCGUCCCGCUGCUUAUACUGUUGGAGGAUCUCUUAACUGGAUGUCCAACUUCACCAUUGGCUUCAUCUUUCCAUUCCUUCAGAUGUCUGCUGGGUCCUACUGCUAUCUGGUUUUCUGCGCCGUGUGUCUUUCAGUGGCCAUCUACGUGUACAUUAUCAUUCCAGAGACAAAAAAUAAGACGUUUGUGGAGAUUAGUCAGAUGUUUGCUACUAAAGAGGCUGUGGAAGAGAGUCAGGCCCUCACUCACCCAGACCAGCUCAAACUGAAGAAGAUGAAUGGAUACGGCACACUAGAGAAUGGUUCGCUUGAAUUCGAUAGCUCUUCCUCCUGUCCUUAA